CCUUCUCGCCGCCAUUUUCUAGAGAAGCAUCAGAAGGUAACUCUCGGAAAAUCAUCUUUCUAGUCCAGAUUCGAUUUUAAGGUUAUGUGCUGAUAAACGUCAUGUACCAAGCGUCUAUUGGCUAAAUCUACAAGAUGGAGGGCAAGAGCAGAAGUGGUUCAGCAAGAAGAAAACCAGUAUCCACUUUAAAAGUACGUCUUUCUUUUGGCAAGAAGAGUAAAGCUGCCAGCAGCUCCGAUUCCGAGGAAUUCUCAGAUUUGGAAAAUUCACUGAAACCAGCAUCACCUUGUAACUCUGACAGUGAAUCCAUUCCAGAAUUGCCUGAAGGUACGGUUAUUGUGAACCCAGAACCCGUUCGUGAGAAGAGACCAAAGUUUCAUGGUCCAGAAUUUUCUAAAGUUUCAUCAACUUUGGGAAACUUGGACGUGUUUAACUGUACGGCGUGCAAUAGACAAGUUAAUCCCAAUGUGAAAGGAGCAGCAAAACGACAUCCAGACCUUGGGGUUCUUAUUUGCAAGAAAUGCUACAGUUACUAUAAAAGUGGUGAGAUAGCCCAGGACAGUGAUGGCCUUGACGAACAGUGCCGCUGGUGUUCAGAGGGAGGCAAACUCAUGGGGUGUGAUUACUGCCACAAUGCUUUUUGUAAACAGUGUAUACUACGAAAUUUUGGACGAGCAGAACUGUCCAAAGUCAAUGGUGAUGAUGACACCAAAUGGAAGUGUUAUAUAUGCGAUAGUUCACAAUUAUUGAAAUUAACUGCAUUUUGUGAUGACAUGAUGGACAAAAUCGAAAAGCAGCGACAGUUGGAAAAAACAGCAGCAAAUACACCAAAGUCAGAAAAGAGCUCUAAAAAGAAUAUGUCUUUGACAAAUAGUAACUCUAAAAUUAAUUCAAAACCAUCGCCAUCAAAUCAGACGCAUGUAGUACCCAGUAUUAAGAUCAUUCCUUCUUGUGUCGAGGAUGUUGUGUGCAAGCUGACGGGAAUAUCGAAAACCUUUAUAACAAUGUUAGAAGUUAUGAAAACAGAUUUAGAAAUCCCUUACAGCAUGAUGAGUCCAUUUGAUGUCAACAAGGUGGAUAGGAAACGACUUAGAUAUGCUGGAAUGUUGCAGAAAGGACUGGAAACCUAUACCAGCUCCAUAGAUAGGAUUUUGUCGGAACAGAUUGAGUCAAAUGAUGCCAACAAUUCCCAGAAUGAUGACAUUGAAAUUAUUGAAACAUCAGCAAAAACAAAACAAGUGAAAAUGAAUGGCUGUUUAGAAACUGACAGCAAUGAUAAGAGUGUUAGAGGUGAAAAUGAGUCUUUAAAACUUACAUUAACCCAGAAAAGGGGGAAAGGAAAAGAAACUAUUUUUACUUCGUCCUUCAAAGAAAAGCAGAAAUCUCCAACAAAAAAUAUACCAGCCAUUGUUAUAGGUGACAACACAGAUGAAAGUGGUGACGAUGAAGCGGAUGAUUUGCCGGUGACCAUUGUUAGAGACGUUGGUAGUGUUGCGUCAUCUGUCCCGACUCGUGAUAAUUUGGAGGACAAGAUUGAUCUCAGUCAGCAGAAUGAAGUCGCUCAGUUGGAACUUCUUCAGGAACUUGCUGAUGAACUAAGCAACGAGCAGCAGAGAGAUAAAUUGGCUGAAAGAAAGGACCAAGACGAAAUGGUUGGAAAAGGAGGUACACCACAGAAGAAUGCUAUAAAGAAAAUUCAGAACACCACCAAAAGUAGUAAGGACAGUGAUGAUUUGUUUGACAUUAGUGACGAUGAUGUUGUUGAGGUUGAUAAUUUGAGAGAUGAGGAAGAUGUGCAGAUAGACAGUGACAAUGAUGCAGACAAAACUGUAGAAGUGAAUAAAAAAGGACAUGUGGACGUUGAGACUAGUGCUCUUGAUAAAAAGAAGGCAAAAAACCCCGACAAAGUUGAAUCUGAUGGAAGUGUAAGUGGAGGAAGUGGUACUAAGAGUAUAAAACGAAAGGAAUCCAACAAAACCAAAAGUGCCAAAAAACAAAAGGACACAAGUAGCGUGAAUGAGGAAAGUGAUUCGGAAUGUGACAUGAAAAAAUCUAAAAAAGGUCAGAAAGAAAAUAAUAAGAAAUCUUUGACUAAAAAACAAAGUAAAAGCAGUUCGGUUAAGGUGGAUCGGAAUGAAUCUGAAGAGGACGUUUCCAGUUCAGACCUUCUCAUGAGCUGUGAUGAUGAUUUUGAUGAUGGUUCCCGAAAAACUAGAAACAGGAAAAAUAAAAGACAUAGCCAGAGAACCAAACGGACUGCUUCAGCUUCUGGUAGUGAAGAUGAGUCAAAAAGUUUAAGUUUACGACGCCGUGGCAGAGGAAAAAAAGUAGAAGAAAAAAAGAAAACUACCAAGAAAAGGGGGAAAUCACAGUCAAGUGAUUAUGAUAGUGAUGAUGAAUUGGACAAAGACAUUGAACGUUUGUCACGUAAACCGAGACUGGGAAGAAAAGCUAAAUCUGACCGUAAUAAAAGCGAAACAACUGACAAGAAAGCUGGAAAUUUGAAGGAAAAAUCAAAAGGAAAGAAAAAAGCUUCAACAUCAAGUUCUAAUGAUGAUGACGAUGACGAUGAUGACGAUGAAGAUGAAGAUGAGAAUUCAAGCAAUGGUGGUGAAAAAAAUGACAAGAUAAUGGAACCCAUGGAUGAGAAUGGUGAAGCAGAUGAUGAUGAAAAUGAACUUGCUAAGAAAGCGAUUCUUGAUGACGUGCAAGAGAAUUCUGGUGAGAAUGGUGAUGUAAAUUCAAGUGAUACAGAUGCCAGCACAAAAGCUAGUACAAAGAAAGCUGGCAACAAAAAGGAAGCCAAAAACAGCGAUGCAAAGAAGGAUGAGGAGUCUGAUGACUCUGAUGAUGUUGUUCCAGCUAAAAAAAGAGCCAUACAGACGAAGUUGUUGAAUGCCAAACUAUCAGAAAGUGACUCUGAUAUUGAGAAGAAAAAAGCUACACAAAAACUUGACAAAGCUAAAGUUGACAGUCUUUCAUCAGACAGUGACUUCCAGUCAUCCAAAAAGAGCAAAAAGAGAAAACAUUCCAGCAGUAGUAGUUCGGAGGAAGACAGUGACAGUGACGAAGACAGUGAAUCAAAGAGUGAAGAAGAGAACAGUGAUGACUCCAGUUCCAAAAAAAAGAAGAAGAAGAAGCGCAAAGGUUCCAAGAAAGGAAAGCGUGGGGAAAAGGGCAAAGGAGGUAAAGGCAAGAAGAAACUGAAACGAAUCAAAGUUCCGAAAGACUCGUCUGAUGAAGAUGGUGGAUCAGACAGUGAUCAGUCAGGAUCAGAAGAUGGGGACGAAAAGUCGCCCAAAAAAGGUAACAGAAAAGAAAUCAGGAAAAUAAAGUCUGACAAAAAAUUGCAAGAUGAGACGAAAAAAGCAGUUAAAGCAGAAGAAUCAAGACGAAAACGAGUGAAAGAAAAACAGGAAAAGUUCAACAAUAUAGUCCAGAUAACUGAUGACAAUUCCCCUACUAAAUGUCCCAUGACGACACAGCUCAUUCUUGAGAGAGAUAAGGAAAGUGAAGAGCCAAUCAUUGAAGUCAACAAGAAAUUGGUGCGCAAGUUGAAACCUCAUCAAGUAGAGGCUGUGCAGUUCAUGUAUGACUGUUGCUGUGAGUCUGUCAAGAGGCUGAAGAAACAGCCAGGAUCAGGCUGCAUUCUGGCACAUUGUAUGGGUCUUGGUAAAACUUUAUCAGUUGUCAGCUUUGUUCACACAAUGAUAAAGCAUUACGAUCUUACGAACAUUGGAACGUGUUUAGUAGUGUGUCCUCUCAACACGGUUCUCAACUGGGUUCACGAGUGGGAUAUGUGGCUGGAUGAGAAAGACAAACUAGAGAUUUAUGAAAUGGCUGGUGUCAAAGGUAACAAUGAGCGUAUGCACUACCUUGAAGACUGGCACAAAAAUGGAGGUAUCAUGAUAGUGGGGUAUGAAAUGUACCGAUCUUUGUCCACUGGUUGUCGAGUGAAGGGCAAGAAAAUGAAGAAAGUAUUUGCUGAAACACUUGUGGAUCCUGGACCAGAUAUGGUUGUAUGUGAUGAGGGACAUAUUUUAAAGAACGAUCAAUCAUCGAUAUCAAAGGCUAUGAAUAUGAUGAAAACUAGACGAAGAAUUGUGCUCACUGGCACACCACUGCAGAACAAUCUUGUUGAAUAUCAUUGUAUGGUAAGCUUUGUGAAGCCGAACUUGCUUGGUACCAGAAAAGAGUUUCUUAACCGAUUCGUCAACCCAAUUGUGAACGGUCAGUGUUCCGACUCGACACCUCACGAUGUCAAAAUCAUGAAGAGAAGAGCACACAUCAUCCACGAAAUGUUAGCUGGUUGUGUACAGAGACGUGACUAUUCUUCACUGACGAAAUUCCUGCCACCAAAGAUGGAGUAUGUAAUCCUGGUCCGACUGACACCCAUGCAGAUCACGCUGUACGAGAAGUACCUGGAAGUGACUGGACAGGCCCAGGAGGGACAGAUCAUAAGCCGAGGGGCACGUCUGUUCUCAGAUUAUCAUAAUCUCAUGAAGAUCUGGACUCAUCCAUGGGUGCUGAAGUUGGCAGAAAUCAGAGAUGAGGCAAAGAGACAGUAUAAUGAUGAGGAUGACCUUGAUGAUGAUGGAUCCGAUUUGGAUUCAUUUAUUGAUGAUGAGGAUGAUGAGGAAGAAGAAGAGUUGUCUGCGCAGACUGAUUCUGACAGUGGUGACAGUUUGUUAGAAAAGAAGAAAAACAAAAAGGGUGAAAAUUCACACAGUGGAGGGGAAGGUACAAGUGGUGGUGCCAGGCGCAGCACUAGAAGUCGUAAUCCUGUUCAAAGUGAUGGGGAAGAAGUCGUAAAAGACUGGAAAACACGUUCUCGAGGAGGUGAUGGAGAUGGUAUUGAUCUUGAUGUAUCGAAGGCGUUAGAGGACCAAGGUGCACCACCUGUGAGCAGUGAGUGGUGGGCGGAGUUUGUGAAGCUAGAGGAUGCACACAAGGUUGAACUCAGUGGCAAGCUAACACUGCUUUUUGAGAUUCUCAGGCUUUCUGAAGAGAUUGGCGACAAAGUUUUGGUUUUUAGUCAAAGCUUGUUGUCUCUAAACAUUAUUGAAGAUUUCUUGGACGACGUUGACCAAAAGAAUCAGGAAGAAGGAGAAGCAAAAAGACUUCAAGCAGAGUUGAAGAAGAAGGAAAAGCUGGAAAAAAAGAAAGAGGAAGCAGAAAACAAAAUGGAUACCAAUGAAAAUGAAGGAGAGAAAAAGGAUGGUGAUGAAAGCGACAAAAAAGAUGACGAAAAGAAAGAAUCAGAUGAUGAAGAUGAGCUGCCUGAGGCUUUCGGCAAGAGUUGGACAAAGGGUGCUGAUUAUUUCCGAAUGGAUGGUUCCACUAGUGUCCAGCUUAGAAAUGCUUGGUCUAAUCACUUCAAUGAUCCUGAAAAUUACAGAGCUCGUCUGUUUUUGAUCUCGACACGUGCAGGCAGUUUGGGGAUUAACUUAGUGGCAGCAAACAGGGUGAUCAUCUUCGAUGCAUCGUGGAAUCCAUCUCAUGACAUCCAGUCCAUAUUCCGAGUUUACAGAUUCGGACAAACAAAACCUUGCUAUAUAUACCGAUUAUUGGCACAGGGAACGAUGGAAGAAAAAAUCUAUGAAAGACAGGUAACGAAGCAGUCGUUGGCUCAGCGUGUGGUUGACGAACAUCAGAUUGAUCGUCACUUCACUGCCGCAGAUCUCCAGGAACUGUACAAAUUCAGACCCGACAGACUGGACGAUCCAGAUAAACAAGACAGACCCUUGUUGGCUCUUCCACAGGAUGUUCUGCUGGCUGAAGUGAUCAAGUCUCAGAAGGACCUUGUGGUCACGUACCACACACACGACUCACUGCUGGAGAACAAGGUGGACCAGGAGUUGUCUGAAGAAGACAAGAAGGCAGCGUGGGAGGAAUACGAAAACGAGAAGAAGGGAAUUUCAAACAGAGUCCAGACUGGUUAUCCUGGCAACAUGGGAAUGGGUAUGGGCAGAGGCUUGCUCAGUCCCAACAAUCUGAUGCAGAUCGCACAGAUGGUUCGAGCACAGUAUCCCAAUCUUCCACCUGAAAUGUUCCAAGCUCAAGUACAGAGUGUCUUGCAGAGGCAGAUAAUGAUGAAUCAGGAAAUACAGAAUCGACAGAUUGAGCAGCAAAAGAUGUUAGAAAUGGAACGUCUUCGUCGAAUUCGUGAACAGAUUAACCAACAGCAGAACCAGAUUAGCCAGCAGCAGAACAGACUGUUAGGUCAGCAGAUGUUUAAUGCCGGUAACAUUCAGAACUGGAGGAACCCAAUGUUAUCACAGAUGCAAUCCAUGAAUCAGCAACAGGCAUUAGGCCUGAAAAAUUCAAUGCCCCAGAAAAAUCUUGCCAUGCUUCAGGCCGAACUGGAAAGAGCUACCAACAGAGUUGGUAACAAAGGGGGCAGUAACGUGGGAGGACGGAAUAAGCAGACGACAAAUGGGACUGCAGGAUCCUCUGAUCCAACGAAAAAACCACCUGUAAAUAAUGUGAUUGAAACUAUCGACUUGUCUUAACUAGUGACCAUUUUAGAGCAUUGAUUGUCAAAGGUUGUUUUAACACAGGAAUUGGUUAGUUUGAAAGUUGUAUGAUGAAAGUGUGUGUAGGUCAAGCUAGUGUUACAACACCAGACAAAUAUUCUGGGAGUCGGUUUUAUUUAUUGAGUCCUUCUGGUCUUUGUAAGAUGAGGAUAGCAUGGAAAGCUUGUCUGAUAGGUUUGUUUUUUGUUUCAAUAUAUUUAUAUUUCAAUAAAUAUAUUAAUGGAUAAAGACCAGGGAAAAAAGUGCCAGUGAAUUUCCUUUUAUGGUACCCAGCAUUUGUAAGGGGGGGGGGGGG